UAGAUCAGAUGAGACGUUGACCAUGAAUUGCUCAGCUAAUGGAAACCCUUCUGUAACUUGUACCUGGACUUGUUCUCCUUCAAAUUGUGGUAGUUUACCAAACACUUGUGAGAUCAACAAUGUAAAUGUUAUUAAUUCCACAACCAUCACAUGUACGGUUGGUAAUGGUGUUUGUGGAGGUGGUACUACCAGUAUUACUCAACACAUAACAGUGGUACCUAAAACUAGAGAUCCAUAUAUAGUGGUCGAUGGAACAACAACAACAGCUACUUCUAUUACAAGAAACAAAACAGAAAGUUUAAGUUUAGCCUGUGGGAUUGUCAACCAGAAAGAAAUAAACACGUUAAUAGUUUGGAAGAAAGAUGGAAUCAUAAACUUCGGAUCAGAUAAUGUGACCAUAAACAAUCUAUCCCCAGAAGAUACAGGAUCAUAUUCUUGUCACACAAGCGAUGCUUUUGGAAAUUUUUCAUCAUCUUUAUACAUUGAUGUAUAUUGUGAGUACCGUUACUACCGUAUGUAACAUUUGCAAGGAAAUGUUUGAUUUAGGAA